GGGAGGAGCAGUAUGUUAGUGAUGUGGGCAUAUGCUGAGUGAGAGCAGAAGAUAGAUUCAUUGGACAGUUUGCUUGAUCUCACCAAAACAGAGAGCAUCUAUAUUCUCUGUGAGUUUCUGACAAGCGUGAAGUACAUCGGUGCCACAUUUGUGAGGAGCGAUAAAAGAAGCGUCACCUCAGAUUACCAGUUUAAGAGCGGCCUUUAUUCUACCUGUGAAGUUGAAGAAAGUGCCAGUUCAAACAUCUGCAGUCUUAGGAAUGGAGAACUUCUUGGAAGAUGGAGAUUCCAAAAAGACAGAAAACCUAAAUCCUGGUCAAGGACAACAUCAACUACAGAUCGAGCUCAAAUGCACUGGUCUAAAGAACAUGCCUACACCAAGUCCAAGAAGCUUCUCUUUUCCAAGAAUAGGACUUCAGGAACAAAAUGAAGGUCUUAAAGCAAAUCUUCCGUCCUGCGACAGGCCAGGAUCACUGCACAACUCUGACCAUCAGGCCGCUUGCACUGUUGAAGGGGGGGAACACAACCUGGCAGCAAUGGCAAAGGAGCUGGAUUAUCUGCGACAGGCCAAUAAAAAGCUUCAGGAAGCACUGAUGACCAGAGAGCGAGAGCUGGAGACAUUGAAGCUGGAUGCAGAACUACAAGAACAGGCUGCAGAGGCCAGGAUUGCAGAGAAGACGGCAGGCUUGGUGGAAGAGGUAUAUCGUGCUCAGCGUGAGAGGGAUGAGGCAGUGAUGGCCCGACUCAGACUUGCCAAUGAGGAGCGUGAUGAAGCUCUUUUACGAGUUCAACAGUUUAAACUCUACCUAAAAGAGUUGGAAGAUAUUAGCUCAGAAGAAGGAGACUCAUCACUACAGGAAUUGCUGUGCAGAUUGUGGGAAGCAAAUGGCAGCACUGCCAUCCAGCAAAAUGGAAACCUUAUUCUUGAGCUAAUCAGAAAGAGUCGCGAACGACGAGAUGAAAUCACUGCCGAUGAAAUGGGAGCUGUCAUCAGAGAGAGAGAUUCAGCGCGUGCUCAGUGCAAACAUCUGGAAGAGGAGCUUCAUCUUCUGAGAGAGAGUAAACAGACUUCUGAGGAUAUUGUGACUACAGAGAAGACGCUUGAGCCUCCGUGCAAGGCUGAGCUGACCUUUCUUCAGAGUGAUCAAGACAAGGUGAUUGAAAACUAUAAACAGCUUGAGGAAGAACUACAGACCCUGCGUGUUUACUACAGCUUGCACCAAUCUUUGACUCAAGAAGUAAACCUAAAAGAACAAUAUUCCAAGGCAAUAACAAUUUAUGAAAAUGCUCUGAAGAAUCGCGAGGAGCUGCUUAGUAUCAUCCAGCAGCAGAACCAUCAAUUGUGUUUCCAACUACAACAAGCCCAGGGACAGAACGCUGAGAUACAGGAAUCACUACAAAGGGCCACUUCAAGCCAACGAGAGGCAGAAGAGAAGGUGCACAAGUUAGAGCGGCUGGUAGAUGUAUUAAGAAAAAAGGUUGGGGUUGGAAACGUCCGAACUGUGAUUUGAAGUUCACGAUUAGGAGUGAGUCUUUCACAUCUGUUGGACAGACUGAUCUCUCACUGAGAUGUGCAAAUAGGACAUUAUCAAACAGCCACCUGCCCAGAUGGAGGAGGAGGAGGAGAGAUUUGUGGGAAAAGAAAGGAGAAAAGUUUGGAAAAUGGGAACUUUGCUUGACCCUGUCAGAUAAUUCAAUAAUUAAAUAAACUGCCCUCUCCUCUCAAACUGGAUCCUCUGUAUAGGUCAAUAAAUCUGUGCACAUAGAUACUGUAUACAACUGCCAUUUCUACAGUUUACGUUUCUGCAUUUGCAUCUGAAAUAGUUUUUUCUUCUACAGGAAUGCACUAUUAUGUUUAGUAAACACAAUUACAUGAAAUAUAAAUGUCAAAGGAACAAUACUUUUUGCAAAAUAGAUGUUUGUUCGAGAAAAAAAAAAUUCUAAUCAACAAAAUUCCUUUAUAUGUGAAAUGAAAAUUAGCCCUAAUAGGCAGUUUCUCUCUGUGCCACCCCACACACAAGUGUUGGAUUUUAUUACCAACUGAAUAUUAUAGUUGGUUAUUUUACUGUCACAGGGACAUAUGUACAUAUUCUGCACUUGCCCAUAGCACCCAGAUUUAAAUAAUGCACCCACCCACCUUUUCAUAGAGCAGAUAGUAGUUAGUAUAACACAAACUGAGUUAUUGCUUACAUGUCAGAUGCCAGCUGGGCCCUUUUGAUAAUGUGGUGUUGGAAUCUGGCUUCAGUGAGUUUGCGCAGCAUAUGAAUAAAUGUACCUGAAACCGUAUAAACUUAUUUUUUGCGUUUUUGAUAAUACAACUAUAUUGCAUUCAUGUACGUUUACAUUUUGGCUAUUAUACUUCUUUAAAUAUUCCAGCUGUGGAUUCUGGGUGUCUUGUCUUUUAAGCUACAAAGACUAUAGGAUACAUCUAUUAUAAUCAUAUUACACAAGUAGGAUGGUAUACUGAUAUUUGCACUGCUAUCCUAUAUGACCAUUAGACAGUUUACACAAUUAAUGCUGCUAAAGUAUACAAUGCUAUCCCUUUCAAAAGAUGCCUAAAACAAAAAUGAACAUAUCACAAGAGGAAUGAAGUAUCUUUAAACAAUCUCUGUAUAACCGAUUCAUUUGAUAUAAUAAAACAAGACCUAUACGAUAUACAUGUCUGACCCUUAACAGUAAUGUCCUUACAGUCAUAUGAGGUUAGGAGAGGAAAACUUCACACUAAUUAGAAGCCUUAUGAGAUCAAUCUACUUUUUUAUUUUAUGUGUUGGAUAUUUGAAUUCCCUUGUUGGUAACCAAGAUAAGCUUCAGCGUGCGUGCGGUAUGGUAUCGCUUCCUCCAUGUCUGUCAUGUAAGAAAGACACACAGACAAACACAUAUAUUUAGUGCUAUAUGUUUUAUCAUUCUGUUAAAAGGUUUUUUUGGGCAAUAUGAUUAAACACUCACAUAUGAUACCUCAAUCAGUAUAAGGCAAAAAAGCAAUUUUUAUUUCUUAAAGGGAUUUGAAACCCAAAAAAUCUGUUAUAAGUCAGAUAUAACCUACAGUUUAAAAAAAAACAACUUCCAAUUUAGUUCUAUUAACAAAUUUGCUUCAUUUCCAUGAUAUUCAUUGUUGAAUGGAUACCCAGCUAAGUUUUUGAGCACUACAUGGCAGGAUAUAGUGCUGCCAAUUAGAGCUCUUGCAAAUGGGCAGCAAAACUGGUGCCGUAUAGUGCUCCAGGCACGUGCACGCUCCUGAGCUUACAUCCCUGCUUUUCAACAAAAGAUACCAAGUGAAAAAAAGACAUUUUAAUAAAAGUUAUUGAAUGCUCUAUCUGAACCAUGAACAAUGUUGGGUUUCAUGUCCCUUUAACUUCUUUAGUAAUAUUUGCUGGAGGUCACCCAGGCACCUUCUGUUUAUCUUAUAACUUUUUAUGAACUUUUAUAUGAAAAGACUAAUAUUAUUAGUGGCGCUACAAUGAUCCCCCCCCUUUGUAAUAAUCUCUGAAAAUUGAGGAUUUUUUAAUUCUCAUAACUAAAAAAACACAUUGUAGACUUCUCAAAGCUGACCCUGCUCCAUAUCUGUCACUAAUUGUCUUGAACAGAUAAGAACUUCAAAACACUGCACUUAAAGGGAUACUGAACCCAAAUGUUUUUUUUCAUGAUUCAGACAGAGCAUGCAACUUAAACUUUCUAAUUUAUUCCUAUUAUCACUUUUUCUUUGUUCUCUUGCUAUCUUUAUUUGAAAAAGCAGGAAAGCAAGCUUAGGCCCAUUUUUGGUUCACCACCCUGGGUAGUGCUUGCUGACUGGUGGCUGUACCAAAGAUGGGCCGGCUUGUAAGCUUACAUUUCUGCUUUUUCUUUUUCUUUUUUUAAAUAUAUCUUUAUUUACCAAUUCGGUGUACAGAUCAUGUAAGAAAUAAAACACAAGGAGAACAAAAUAAGAGGGACCAGGGGGAUACGAAAAUCUUGUAAAUACAGUACAGUUAAAGCAAGUACAGGAAACUUCACAGUCUCUAUAUAUAAACAAACUUUUUCUUCAAAUCUUAAAACAGACUGUAUAACAUUUCUGCUUUUUCUAAUAAAGAUACCAAGAGAACAAAGAAAAAUUGAUAAUAGGAGUAAAUUAGAAAGUUGCUUAAAAUUGCAUGCUCUAGCUGAAUCAUGAAAUAAAAAAAUUGGGUUCAAUAUCCCUUUAAUACUAACAAUAUGUGCAUGGCUAGCCUUGUCAGAUGCAGAUUCAAAUUAGGCAAAUAAUAACUGGAGUUGUGGCUAUUGAAAAACAAUUACAGCAAACAAGAUAUUUGUUUUUAAAAUGUUUAGACUUGAAUAGUAUGUUAUUCUAUAGCAAGAUAACAGCUAUGUCUAGUAAUUACACAGUGUUUAAAAUCCCUUUAAGAGUUUACAUACACAAUAAAACAUUUCUGAUAUUGGUUAUACAUUCCCAGCGUUGGAUGAAUAUGCAUUGUUUUAUUGCAUAUAAAAUGAAGCGCUUGUGCAGUGUUUAAAAACAUUUUGUUCCUCCUAUUUGUACUACAAUACGUCCUUGCAGUUUGUAUAUUGAAAUCAGUGGAAUCAUUUUGGAGCCACCUUGGUUGUCAUCUUUAUUUGCCGCAAAUAUUUCUUACAUCAAGUAAUGUUUUUAUAUUCUACACACACUAUGCAAACUCAAGUAACAGACUUCAAACCCAAGUCGUAUGUGAAUGUUAUAUGGAAAAUACAUUUUUUUUAAAGCCAACUCUUACUCAGACAUCCCAACUCUCCCUGAAGUUCACGGAGUCUCCCUGAUUUUAAUAGCGACUCCCUGAUGCCAGCAAAUGGAAUGCAAUCUCCCUGAAACUCCAAGUACCAUGAUCCAAUGUGGCCCAAAUCCGGAAAAGUGUUUCUUUAAGGAAUGCCUUUAGUUGCUGGGAUGUUAUAGAACCCUCAAAGCAUGCAUCAGUAACCAAAAAGCCCCCACUGAUUUUAAUAAAAUAAAACACAAAUACUUCCUUAUUUACUGCACAUAAUUAAACUUUGUAUUUAAAAUAUUUAAGCAUUCAACAAGCAUAUGAUCACUUUUUUUUUUUAAUGUGCCUUUAGUGGGUAGCUACUUUAAUGAUGUUUCUAUCUUAUUUAGGGUUUCAAGGUGUCCAAUAUAUACCUGGGAGGGGUGGGGGGUGGCGGCGCCACCUCCCUGAAAUGAGUUUUGCAGGUUGGGAUGUCUGUUGUACUGGUCCUAUUGAUGUAAAAUCUUAUUAAAUGAAUUCCAUUAAAACUGUAGAAAAAAAGCAUAACUCUUGUUCUCGCUGGUCCUGUAUGAAAACAUAUUAGCCAAUAGUAUAUCCUAAUUCUUAUCUACAGUGUUCUGUCAAUGGUUGUGCACAUUAUUAUUAUUAUUAUUAUUGUGUAAAAAUAAAAAAAUCAGUGUUGCUUUCUUUAAAGGGUCAUGAAGGGCAAAACUAAUCUUUCACAAAUCAGAAAGAGCAUGCAGUUAAAAUAAAAAUGCCAAUUUACUUCUUUUAUCAAAUUAGUCUCACUCCUAGGUACGAAACAGGACCACUAUGCAGCAAACCCUGCUGCCACAUAGUGCUUGACACAUGCAAGAUCCUGAGCAUACCUAGAUAUGCUCUUCAAUAAAGGACACCGAGUCAUUUUUUUUAUUGCGUGCUCUAUCUAAAUCAUGAAAGUUUCAUUUUGAAUUUCAUGCCCCUUAAGAGUAAUAUAUUCAAUAGGACAUUAUUGUUCUAGCUGCCUGUUUAAACUGUCCCGAGCUAAACAAUAAACUGCCUUUAUAUUGCUGUUAUUGCCAUUCCAUAUGGGUUGCUGGGGGUAUCAAGCACUAUUUGUUAUUAAUGAAGACUACAGUAUUUCCUAGUGAAUAGGGAAGGACAAUUGUACGUUCUGUCAAUCCGCUGAUGUGAGACAGAACAUUUCGGGACAGGGCUCAGGAAUCUCUCCUAACAAAAGCUAAGAAGCUUUUUAAGUGUGCAAACAACUCUUUUUUAGAUCCUUCAUUGUCCUUGUUUUUUGGAUGGGUGUGGGAGAUGUUGACCUAUUUUAUUAUCUCUAUCCUAAACCCUUGAUACACUUUAGCAGAUUUAUGACUCUUUAAGUUCUGACCUUAACCCUUCAACCUUUUAAUACCUGGAUUACCUGUAUCCCAGUAACAGCAUUAUACUGAGGGAGCACCUGAUCGUUAGUAUGGAGCAAUCAGCGGUUUUGAAUUAUUCACUUCCCCUGUUUCAAAUCAUUUUUUCACAGUUGAAUAAUAAUGGGGGGGAGGGGGAGGGAGCGUAAGUAAUGACUAACAAUACUAAAAUAAUGUAUAUUAAAGGAACCCUAAACAUAUCUUGAUUUUGUGUAUAGAUUGUUCUUUGUGUCACACUCCCUGGGGAGCCCAAAAAGCAAAAAGGUUUUAUUCAAAAUGCUGCAAAUUCCAAAAUCCAGACUUUUUCAUUAAUAUUUUUUUAAUUUUUUUAAAAAAAUUACAGUUUUUCCCAGACAGUAAGUCACAAUCAUCUCUCCCUGUGUCUUUGGUUUGGUUUUUGUGUUCAAAAAAGCAAAUCCAUUCUCCUGCUUCUCUCUUUCAAUAUAUAUAUAUAUAUAUAUAUAUAUAUAUAAACACAACAUUAUUAAAAUAAUACAUUAUUUGUCUUUGUGCCUGUAUCCCUUGUAUGCUUAUAAAGUAUUUCCAUUUCUGAAAAAAAUAUAUACUUUUAAUGUAAAACAUUUCUGAAAAUAAAAUGUGAUCAAUAAAUUGUA